AUGGCACAGGCCAUCAACUUCCGGGAGAGGAACCACACGGAAGUUUUCUUCGGGCCGGUCUGCGACUACGCCGUGGCGCCGGUCGCACGUCAGGCCAAGUACUGGCAGAUUCCAGUCAUGACGGCUGGAGCCUGGGCCUUCGACUACACCCAUUUUAAGAAAGACACCUUCACUACGCUGAUACGUGUGGGGGCCACUAAUGCCCAGGCAUCUGUAGAAAUGCUGGAUGCUAUCGCAAGAAAGAACAACUGGACCCGCAUCAGAACACUGUACCACUCCAGUGGUCAAGACAACUACAUGCCUGGGUUCUGCCACCUGUGGAUGGAAUACUUCCACUAUUACCUCAAGUUGUCGAAUCGCAACAUUGUCAUGGAGCACUACAAACUGGACAGCUCGCAUUCAAUGCCUAACCUUGGUCACACGCUGAAGAGAGAAGUCGGCACCGACUAUGCAA